AUGUUGAGAGACUGGGAGGAAUGGUCCUUUCGCUCGAAAUUGGAAGCCUUUCAGGUCAGUCAGGGCAACUCAACUCUCCGCGAUGCGAACAGAAGUUUGUUGGCGAAGGCCAAGGCGAGUCUGCUCGAGGUGGACAGCGGAGGCCGCCAGAAUAAGCGAACGAAAAAAACCAAGAUCGGCGGUGAUCUGGUCACGACGAAUUCCGUCUUGCUGGGGCCGAAUAAGGUAGAUGGCAGCAAGGAUCAUGUAAGUUGCAUCCGUCGUCACAAUUUCAUCCGCUACGUUAAACACAACGACCACGCAUUCUCCCAGCAUCCUGAUCUGGCGGCACCACCGCCGAUGCCUUGGUAUUACCUAAUCGAGUAUGAGCCAAGCCAGGUUUGCUUCGUACUAGAUUUGGUAAUCAUCCGAACUCUUCAGCAGAAGCAGCUACCACCACCACCACCACCACAGCCAAAUACCAAGAUCACUCAUGAUAAAGAGACUGAAAUCACCCGUAACCGGGUGGCACAGCUCAAGCAAGGACGUCUAGCUGGGCCAAGCCGGUUCAUUCGCAUCAAGGAGUCUUGGCAGCAUGGGCCCCCUUGGUACCGGAAGUGGUUUAUGUGCGAAUGUGACGACGGCACGAGAGGGAAGGAAGCAUGCCAUUUUCUUCAACACGACAUCAGCCUCUUCUCUGCUGCUGACCGAAAACUCUUCGUGGGCGAUUUAUCGGCCGUUGAUCCAUUGUUUGUUGGGACCGAGUUCCUUAGCCCAUAUAUGUACUUCAUGGAUGACUUGAUAAGCAGCGAAUCAUUGGGCAUUGCCGCAGAUGUUGGAGAUAUGACGUUCCCUCCGUUCCUACCUAGUGUGGUCCCCUGGCUCGUGUCAACCAAAAGACCUCUCUGCCUAAGCCAGCCGGGUACCUUAACUUGCCCUUUUCACUGUGCCCGACCCGACCAUUGGUCUGCCGGCCCGCCUCGCGUCUACAUUUUCCGAAGUCAGUCAGCCAGCCAGCUAGCCCGCUUGAGCUCGCCGCAGGAUCUGUUUGUUCCCCCUCCCGGUUUGCGGAUACCGUCAUCUGUAACUACGAGGUACGAGCAGGUACGAGGAAGCGAGGAAGUCUGCACUCUGCAGGCGAGUCCCACCACCACGACCACUACGACCUACGGCGACUACCGCGACCAACCACGACCAUCUAACACCAUUCUUCUCCUCCUUCCUCUCCACUUCAGAAUCCUCUUUUUAUUAACACAACUAACUGCCUGGACGCGGCAUCCCUCUCUUUUUUUUUGCUUUAUUCGCCGGCUGGUGCGACUGCCUCUGUCGUCCCAACCCAACGUCUGCCUCCCAGCCCUGUUUCUCUCCCACGGUCGCUCUUCCAAUCGCUCGCGCGUCCUCCGUCAGCAUUUUUAUCACCUACGUCCACAUGCAUUACAACAUUCUCAGGUUCAUGCUGGUACAGUCUUGAUUUGGGGGAUUCCACCAGCCGCCUUCCCAGUCUUCGAAUUCGCACGCUACGCUUUCAUUGCCGCGGACUGCUUCGCUCGAUCGAUUCCUUUCGUGUUGCCGAGGCAAAGAGACUAUCCCGGCCGGGGCGCAUUUGGACCGACUCGGAUCAUCAACAUCUCUCUCGGCGACCUGGAUUCAAUCAUCGUCGUGAGAGAUCUCUUGCCGUUGGAAACCCGAUCGCUCUUGACGAUAUUUUACGACCUCUCCGCGACCAGCCAUCAUUAG